GCUGUCUAUGGUAGUUCAAAUGCUUUAAAAAUAUUAUCUUGACGUAGUAUUGAUUGACGUGUUUAAAAACCAUAAAAGAUUAAAAACAUUGAAAAUGAGACCCUCUUUAGGUUCAAUUUUAACAGUAUUAUUUUUUAUAUUUAUUUUAAAAUCAAUGUAUAGUCUUUUUGGAAUAUUCCAAUUACCGGUAUGUGAAAAGGGAGACGUAUGUUAUAAAUCGUAUUUAAAUUCUAAUCCAAAGUUAGAUUUAGUUGUGUUUCUAUCGGAUAAUUCAAAAUCAGGAAAUUUUGAUAAAAUUUUACACUUAAAAGAGUUUGAUUAUUUCUCACCGCUUGAAAAACAGUUAACUCUUGAAAUAUCAAAACCAGCUCGCAAUAAUGGCUCCCUCAUCAUACACUCAGUACUUGUUCCAUCCCAAAGAAUACACACAGAUGAUCUAAAGGAAUUAGUAGAUGCACCUGAUUCCACUUAUAUUAAAAGUAGACUUACCAAAUAUUCCAUUCCAGUAAGUGCCUCAUUUAAUCUACUCAAAGAAAAUGGAAAAACUCUAACUUGGAAACCUGUUACUCACCUCCGUUCCAGAUACGCUGUGAUAAUGUGCACUGAUGAAGUGACUGUUCCCCAUUCAGCCAUUCCUAUGGAAAUAAUAAGAGAUUUUAGAGUAAAUAGACAGCGGAAGUUUCUGCCACUUUUCCAUGUUGAUGUUCUCAACAUGAGAACACGAGAUCUUGUAGAAAUAACACCUGAAACAACUUCAUUGAAUUUCACUUAUAUAUACACACCAUCGUCUUUUGGAAAAAUGAGAUUUAUAUUACAAAUCGAAAUAACUUUAAAACAAUUUUUAGACUUAGGUUUUACUGAGAAGGAUUUAGACGAAGUUAAAGGGGUUUUUGCUGAUACUAAUUUACAUUUGUUAUGUGCUACGCUCUUCAUUGGAAGUGUUCAUCUUCUUCUGGAUUUCUUGACAUUCAAGAAUGACGUCAGUUUUUGGAAAUCCCAGACAUCUAUGGCAGGUUUAUCGACCAGAGCUGUACUGUGGAGAGCGUUUUCACAAACUAUUGUUUUUCUGUUUCUUUUAGAUGAGGGAACCUCCUUAUUGGUUCUUAUUCCAAGCGGUAUCGGAACAUUAAUUGAGUUUUGGAAAGUUAGUAAAGUAUUUAAGACUACUAUUUCAUGGAGGGGAUUAAAGCUGAAUAAAACACAAACUGAGACUGAUGAAGAAAAGAAAACUAGAGAAUAUGAUGAAGAAUGUAUGAGAUACUUGAGCUAUCUUCUGUAUCCUUUGUGUAUAUCAGCUGCUGUCUACUCAUUGAUAUACCAGCCACACAAAAGUUGGUAUUCGUGGACAAUAAAUAGCCUAGUGAACGGAGUUUACGCAUUUGGUUUUAUAUUCAUGCUGCCCCAACUGUUCAUCAACUAUCGCCUCAAGUCUGUAGCAGCCCUGCCUUGGAGGGCUUUCACCUAUAGAGCAUUUAACACUUUUAUAGACGAUAUCUUCGCCUUUAUCAUUACAAUGCCUAUUGCACACAGGGUAGCUUGUUUCAGAGACGAUGUCGUCUUUUUGAUUUAUUUAUACCAAAGAUGGUUAUAUCCAGUAGAUAAAAGCAGAACUGACGAUAUGUCGCAUGUUGUUGGCGAGCAGAAAAAAGAUAAUAAAAAAGAAAAGAAAGAGAAUUAAUAUGUUGUUAUUGUUUCAAUUAUGUUUUAUUUUGAUAAUAAAUGUGUUUUAAUUA